UGGUACGGCGUGGGGCAGGACAAUGCCCUCUGGUCAGUGGUUGUGGCCGGCUUCUUUGAGUCACGCCAAGCCGCCACUACCGAGGGCAACAACACGCAGGCUCAGGGAGAGCUCCGACGCUGGUUCCUCGAGGAACUAUACAAGUUGCGGGCUUCGUUCGAUGGUCACGUCAACGGGGCCAAGCAGCACUACGCCACCACCAACGCAUUCCCGACCGACUAUGUGCCUCGCGUAUUCGACAACUAUUCGCCCGGCGUGAUGGUGAGUGACGACCAGCGCUACGCUCCAUCGCUGUGGGAUACUGCCGGCGCCGAGGAUUACAAUCGGCUACGGCCGCUGUGUUACCCAAACACCGAUGUGUUCGUCCUCUUCUUUAGUCUCGUUGACAGAGGCUCCUACGAUGAGAUCACCCGCAAGUGGAUGGUAGAGAUCAGGCCCCACCUGACGAGCGAGACCCGCGUGAUCCUGGUGGGUACCAAGCUCGAUCUUCUGCGCGAUCUGGCGCACUGGCCCCUGAAAGACCCGCUGGGCCACAGCUGCAAUGACAUCAUCACCUUCUCCCAGGCCUGGCAGCUGGCCCACGAGGUAGGUGCGGUGGGAUUCGUGCCCAUAUCGGCGCUGGCGAGACUCAAUAUGUCCCUCCUGUUCGACCUCAUCCGCGCCGCGCCGAACUUGCCCGCACGCACCAAACCGAAGGGCAAAGGCAAGCCAGCCUGUUUGUUGAGCUGA